UGGUUGCUGUGUAAUGUAAUCCCUCCUUUCUGUCUCCCAGGUUCCUUUAAGGGCAUGUGUAAACAAAUCGAUCACUUCCCGGACGACGCCGACUACGAGGCCGACGCUUCCGAGUACUUCCUACGUGAGUGCACGCCGUUCUUUUUGCCCUCCCAGCACGCUGCGCAGCCACUUCAUUAGGUACAGCUGAUAUGUUACGUCAAUUAUUUUUAGGUUUUAUUAUUAUUAUUAUUAUUAUUAUUAUUGCGGUUGUAGUCUGGACUCUUCCCAAUGUGUUGAUUAGCCUAUUUAGUGGGUGAAAAAUGUUUUUAGUGAUAUUUAUUAGAGUAUGAUUUAAUUUGAUCAAUUAAUAUGAAUGAAUGAUUGAAUGAAAUAAGUUUAUUUCGGUCAUAUAAUCAACCAUCAACCAUUCGGUGUGAUCAGUUUAACAGUACAGAUUAUACAUGUUUAACAAUCACACACAUUUACACACAAAAAUAAAAUAACAUAUAUAUUAUUUAUUUUAUCUUUUGUAUUUAUUAAAAGUAUAGAUGUAUUAUUUCAAAAUGUAAUGCAUUUAAAUUUUUCAACUAUAUAUAAAAAAAGACUCGGUUUAUUUUCCAAUAUAUUAUUUUGAAAUGAUUUGGAGAAAGAAAACAGUACCAUAUUAUUAAACACAUUAUUAUAACAAAUACAGUAUUUGUUCACUUGUUUUCAUUAUAUAUUUUUAUUUUAAUAUUAUCAUUUGUUUAAAAAAAUACAAAGUUCCUGUUAUGAUUAUUGUUAAACGUAUUAUUAUUAUGACAUACUGUAAUUGUUAUCUUAUGUUUGAUUAUAUUUGUAUUAUUCUUGUAUUUAUUUAUUUGAAAUAUACACUGUAUCAUCAUUAUUAAAAACAUGAGGAGGAACAUAAAGAAGAACACAAGAUGGAAUAUAAAGAGGAACAUGCGGAAGAACAUGAAGAGGGAACAUGAAGAGGAACAUAAGAAGGAUUAUAAUGAGGAACAUGAGGAGGAACAUAAAUAGGACCCUAAGAAUAAAUAUAAAGAGAAACAUAAAGAGGACCAUAAGAAGGAUUGUAAAGAGGACCUUAAAGAGGAACAUAAGAAGGAACAUAAAGAGGACCAUAAGAAGGAACAUAAAGAGGAACAUAAGAAGGAACAUAAAGAGGAACAUAAGAAGGAACAUAAAGAGGAACAUAAGAAGGAACAUAAAGAGGAACAUAAGAAGGAACAUGAGGAGGAACAUAAGAAGGAACAUAAAGAGGAACAUAAGAAGGAACAUAAAUAGGAACAUGAGGAGGAACAUAAGAAGGAACAUAAAGAGGACAUUAAGAAGGAACAUAAAGAGGAACACAAGAAGGAACAUAAGAAGGAACAUAAAGAGGAACAUAAGAAGGAACAUAAAUAGGAACAUGAGGAGGAACAUAAGAAGGAACAUAAAAAGGACCAUAAGAAGGAACAUAAAGAGGACCAUAAGAAGGAAUAUAAAUAUGAACACAAGAAAGAACAUAAAGAGGACCAUAAGAAGGAAUAUAAAUAUGAACACAAAAAGGAACAUAAAGAGGACCAUAAGAAGGAACAUAGAGAUGGGCAUGAGAAGGAAUAUAAAGAGGACAUAAAGAGGAACAUAAGAAGGUACAUGAAGAGGAACAUAAGGAGGAACAUGAGGAGGAAUAUAAAGAGGAACAUAAGAAGGAUUAUAAAGAGGAACAUGAAGAGGAAUAUAAAGAUGAACAUAAAGAGGAAUAUAAAGAGGAACAUAAGAAGGAAUAUAAAGAGGAACAUGAGGAUGAACAUAAAGAGGAACAUAAGAAGGAAUAUAAAGAGGAACAUAAGACAGAACAUAAGAAGGAAUAUAAGGAGGAACAUAAGAAGGAAUAUAAAGAAGAAUAUAAGGAACUUAAAGAGGAACAUAAAGAGGAUCAUAAGACAGAACAACAAGAGGAACAUAAGAAGGAACAUAAAGAGGAACAUAAGAAGGAACAUAAAGAAGAACAUAAGAAGGAAUAUAAAGAGGAACAUAAGAAGGAACAUAAGAAGGAACAUAAAGAGGAACAUAAAGAAGAACAUAAGAAGGAAUAUAAAGAGGAACAUAAGACAGAACAAAGAGGACCAUAAAGAGGAACACAAGAAGGAAUAUAAAGAGGAACAUAAGAAGGAAUAUAAAGAGGAACAUAAGAAGGAACAUAAAGAAGAAAAUAAAGAGGAACAUAAAGAAGAACAUAAGAAGGAAUAUAAAGAGGAACAUAAGAAGGAACAUAAGAAGGAACAUAAAGAGGAAAAUAAAGAAGAACACAAAGAGGAACAUAAGAAGGAACAUAAAGAGGAACAUAAGAAGGAACAUAAAGAGGAAGAUAAAGAAGAACACAAAGAGGAACAUAAAGAAGAACAUAAGGAACAUAAAGAGAAACAUAAGAAGGAACAUAAGAAGGAACAUAAAGAGGAACAUAAAGAGGAACAUAAAGAAGAACAUAAAGAGGAACAUAAAGAAGAACAUAAAGAGGAACAUAAAGAAGAACACAAAGAGGAACAUAAGAAGGAACAUAAAGAGGAACAUAAAAAGGAACAUAAGAAGGAAUAUAAAGAGGAACAUAAAGAAGAACAUAAAGAGGAACAUAAGAAGGAACAUAAGAAGGAACAUAAAGAGGAACAUAAAGAGGAACAUAAGGUCCGACAUGAGGGGAACCAUUUGAGAGGUGAGGACGGAGGACAAGGUAGCACGUUAGUGUGUCUCCUAGGAGUCCGCCAAUUAGGACACUUUAUUCUAUAAAUACUUCCUACUUCCUAAGUGGGUCAAACUUUCCUCUCCUACUUCCUUCUUAUGAUCCCUCACCUCCUUUCUCCAACUCUGCUAGCGGACAGACGGCGGGCCGAGUGCCGAAGCGAUACGUGAAGGAGGGCCGCCUAUCAAUACUUUGUCUUCAGUUACCACUGCAACGUGUGUACUUCCUACACCUCCACUAUUAACACGCCUCUAAAGUUAAGUCAAGUUAAGUUAAGGCUGAAAUCCUUAAAUGUGGAAAAAACUUUUUUGGACUUGUAAUGAUGGGGAGUGCAUGAGAAAGUGGAAAGAAAAAUGUAAGCUCUCUAUUUGACCACUUGCUCAUUUAUGAACAUGGGUAUUUACAACACAGCAGCAACACAACCAAUGUUGUAACAGCACUGAGGAGAAAACUUCUGAGUCAGCAUUCAUGAGUUCGUAGACAAUAAGCAACACAACCAAUGUUGUAACAGCACUGAGGAACACACUGCUGAGUCAGCAUUCAUGACUUUGUAAACAAUAAGCAACACAACCAAUGUUGUAACAGCACUGAGGAACACACUGCUGAAUCAGCAUUCAUGAGUUUGUAGACAAUAAGCAACACAACCAAUGUUGUAACAGCACUGAGGAACAAACUGCUGAGUCAGCAUUUAUGGGUUUGUAGACAAUAAGCGACACAACCAAUGUUGUAACAGCACUGAGGAGCAAACUGCUGAGUCGGCAUU